ACUGAAGCUGUCAGCUCACUCGUUUUUAAAUUUCUCUAAAUUUUAAAUUUCGAUCUUUAAAUUCAAAUUUUCGUACCCAUGGCUGCUGCCAAUAAACCCAAGAAGGUUAUAACCAUAACAUCCAAGGCGGACUUUGAAAAGGUUGUAGCCGAGGCGGGCAACAAGCAUGUGCUGGUUGAAUUCUUUGCCGCUUGGUGUGGCCCUUGCGCCAUCAUCGGCCCCAAGCUGGAGGAAUUUGCGCAGGAGUAUGAGGAUUGUCUGCUGAUUGUCAAGAUCGAUGUGGACGACAAUGAGGAUCUGGCCGAGGAGUACAAUGUCAGCAGCAUGCCCUCGUUUCUUAUUAUAAAAAACAAAAUAACGCUCGAGCAGUUUGUGGGCAGCAACAGCGAAUUGGUGCAACGUACGCUCAAGAAAUUCUGUCGAGCCGACGAGAAGAAUGCAACAGAUGCGGGCGGCUCAAAGCCAGGCAAUAAAAUUGCCAACAUGCUGAAGGUUGUGGCGCCAACGAAGCUCGCAACCACAUCCAACCAGGCGGACACAGGCAAAUCGGCAGCAGUGCCAGAUAAUAAGAAAUGAAAUGGAAUUAAAGCCGCAGCCGCAGCCUCAGCCUCAGCCUGUGAACUAGUUUGGUAACAGCAAUGAAAUUUGUUGAAUAGUUGAAAAUCAAUAAAUUUUGUAAAUAUUUUUGUUGUAAAUUAA